GUGAACGGAAGAGGAGUUACGCUCCAACGGAACAGUUCUCUGAUCUGAACUAGCUCGACGGCGGCUAAGAGAUCUUCAAGAUCCUCAACCCUGACUGUCCUGGAAGGCAGUGGACAAACCCAGGAAGACAGGAUGACUCUGAACAACGUGACCAUGCGUCACAGCAGCAGCACGGCCCUGCUCCCCCAGCAGCAGCGCUGGAGCGUUCCCGCCGACGGUAGGCACCCCGUGGUCCAGAAGGAGCCCCAUCCCUACCACAACGGCAACCGCUACUCCAUGAGCGCCGAAGACUACUACCGGAGGAGCUGGUCAUCCGACUCCUCAGAUUCAGUCAUUUCCUCCGAGUCCGGGAACACCUACUACCGCGUGGUGCUGAUCGGGGAGCAGGGGGUGGGCAAGUCCACCUUGGCCAACAUCUUCGCGGGGGUUCACGACAGCAUGGACAGCGACUGCGAAGUGCUUGGAGAAGAUACAUAUGAACGGACCCUGAUUGUCGAUGGUGAAAGUGCAACGAUUAUAUUGCUUGAUAUGUGGGAAAAUAAGGGUGAAAAUGAAUGGCUCCAAGACCACUGCAUGCAAGUAGGGGACGCCUACUUGAUUGUCUACUCUAUCACAGACCGGGCGAGCUUCGAAAAGGCAUCCGAACUCCGGAUCCAGCUUCGCCGGGCUCGCCAGACGGAGGAUAUUCCCAUCAUUUUAGUUGGCAACAAAAGCGACCUGGUGAGGUGUCGAGAAGUCUCUGUGUCAGAGGGCAGAGCCUGCGCGGUAGUGUUCGACUGCAAAUUCAUCGAGACGUCAGCUGCGGUCCAGCACAACGUGAAGGAGCUGUUCGAGGGCAUCGUGAGACAGGUGCGCCUCCGGAGAGACAGCAAAGAGAAGAACGAGAGGAGGCUGGCCUACCAGAAGAGGAGGGAGAGCAUCCCUAAGAAAGCGAGGCGGUUCUGGGGAAAGAUCGUGGCCAAGAACAACAAAAACAUGGCCUUCAAGCUCAAGUCCAAAUCCUGUCAUGACCUCUCUGUGCUUUAGGGAUUUUGGAUUCUGCCCCCCAUCACCUGCCUUCACACCCCUCCCCUCCCGCCCCCCUAGACACAACUAAAGUCCACUGGGACCAAUAAUCAAUCUAUAUUAGAUUGAGGAAAAAAACAAACACACACAUUUUCAGAUGUGGCUUCCCUGUUAAGGCUGGGAACGAAUGUGUCGGCUACAUGCACAGCAUAAUGCACGGCAGAUGAAAGGUCUCUGUUACCUCUUGGUCAGUAUUUAUUCUUAGGGAAAAAAAAAGGUUUGUCUUCUCCAUCGGGGCACCCUCACCCUAGGGGAAGUUUCGGUGUUGAUGUUUUUCUUCUCUGCUUUAGGAUAAGAACGGAAAAUUCAGACUGAUCGUUCAGUAUUUGAGGAACAGGAAGUACCUUUCUCAUUCUUCUUUAACAUUUUCUUUGUACCAUUGUCAUUAAUGUAUGUAAAACUGUGAAAAAGAAACGCCAGGCCUGGCUGGAAACUUAACCGUAGCCUACUGGCUGGUCUGAUUUUUGUCAAGCCCCGGCAGCUGAGAAUCUGCAGUUUUGUAGAUUAGGUCAUCGAGGCAUUGACCGUUUAGGUGUUUAAAGAGUAUAUCUUCUAUUAUGUAGCCUUUGUUUAUUUUCUAUCAUAGAGGGAAAGCUUCUUGUUAAACCUUCUCAUAAUCAAGCACCAUUUUCAAUUCUCAUCUUCCCGCCAUGGAGCAUUGAAUAAAAAUCAGAUCAUUUAUAAGCCUGAUCGUUGAACUCUUAAAGCGCAAGAAUGCCAAAUUUUUAAAUGUAAGGUUUGAAUUUUGGUAAAUACGCAUACACACACGCACACAUGCACACACACAUACACACACUGUUGUUCUGGUCCUCAGUGGUGGCUCUUGUGUCUCUCUCAGCUAUGCCAUAUUUAUUAUUAUUCUGCAAAAGAAUAAGCAUUUUAAUAUGGGAUAAAAUCUAUUUAUGAACUGGUUUCUUAGGGAAGUUUUUUGA